AUGAUUCUCCUCAACCUCCAACAGCUGGGCAUGGCGAGCGCACUGGAAACUCUAUGCGGGCAGGCCUUCGGAGCCAAGAAAUACCACAUGCUCGGGACCUACAUGCAACGUUCGUGGAUCGUAUUAUUCGCAUGCGCCACCCUCCUCCUCCCCAUGUACUUCUACGCCUCCCCUCUCAGCCAGCUCCCGCCGGAGCUCGCGGCGGCAGCCGGAAAACUCUCCGUCUGGUUCAUCCCCGUUCACUAUUCCUUCGUCUUCAUCCUCCCGCUGCAGAGGUUCUUACAGUGCCAGCUGAGGAACGCGGUCCACGCCGUCGUUUCGGCUGUGGUGGUGGUCGUUCAUCUGAUUGCCACGUGGCUUUUUGUGUACCGUUGCGGAUAUGGGCUGUUUGGUGCGGCGAUGAUUUUGAAUUUCUCGUGGUGGUUGGGGGUGGUGCUGCUCAUGGGAUUCGUGAUUUGCGGUGGGUGCGGGGAGACUUGGAUGGGGUUUUCUAUGCGGGCUUUUGAUGGCCUGUGGGAGUUCUUGAAGCUUUCCGCGGCUUCAGGAGUUAUGCUAUGCUUGGAGAACUGGUACUAUAGAAUACUGAUAGUGCUUGCUGGAAACAUAAAGAAUGCUGCAAUUGCAGUGGAUGCCCUCUCCAUAUGCAUCAGUAUUAAUGGGUGGGAGUUGAUGAUUCCUCUUGCAUUCUUCGCUGCAACCGGGUAA